AUGUCACCAGCAGUUUCAUCAAAUAAGAGUAGUAGACAUCAACAACAACAACAACGAGGAAGUAGUGGAGUAGUAAAUCAAUCCCAAAUAGCCUCCAAAUCAUCAUCAUCAACACAACAAAAACCAAUUAAAUUAUUACCAAUUUUACAACAAGCAUCAGAGGCUUCUAACAACAAGCCUUCCUCUAACAAAAAGCCUUCUUCAAUAAUUGAAGAACAACAAAACAAGGCUAGUUUAGUAUCGGAGCCUAAAAUUAUUAAAUUUUCCUCUCUAGUCAAUUUAGAAUCUAUUAAAAAUCCAUAUGAUAUUGCAUCAUCCAAUCAUGAUAAUAAUAUAAAUUUUAAUAACAAACAUUCAUCAUUAGAUGGUAAAGAAAAACAAAUAGCCUUAACAAUACGUGAAAAGAAGGAAUUGAAACAAUUAGAACAUUCCAAAUAUAUGGAAAAAUUAAAAGAAUAUUCUCAAGAUAUUAAACAUACACGUAAAGGUGAAGCCUUUGAUAUUGAAAAUAAUAGAUAUAUAUCUAGAAAGAAUGAAUUACAAAAAGAAAUGGAUCAAUUAACAUUUGAAAUGAAAAAAUUUGUCUAUGAUCAAACAUUUAACAAAUCCCAAAAUGGAAAUAUGGUUACAAAUCAAGAAUUAUCAGAAAAACAAAAAUUUAAAAUUAAACAAAUGAUGAAAGAAGAAUAUAGACAACAAGGUAAAGAUGUAUCUUCUUUAAAUGAAAAGUCUAAAUAUGUUAAUUAUAAAGAAUUUAAACAAGAAAAACAAAAAGAAUUAAAAAUGGAAAGAAUUGAAACUAGAGAAAUGAUUAAAAAUGGAAUUUUAGAUAAAAAACAAUUAAGAAAAAAGAGAUUAAUGGAACAACAACGUAAAUCUUCACAAACUAGAAAAUUUUAUGCUAAACAUGGUGCUCCUAAUGAAAUUGGUGUUGCUGCUAUUAAAUCUAAAUAUGGUAAAGGUGGUGCUGUUGGUAAAUGGAAAGGUGGUAUGUUACAUAUUAGGAAGGAAGAUUUAUAUACUUUAAAAUAA